AAUUGCCUGUAAACGCUGCAGAGAGAGAGAGAGAGAGAGAGGCAGACAGAGAAAGACUGGGAGCCGGAGUGCGGUCGUUUAAUAACUCCGCCACAUUAUGCCUUCCCUUCUCAUCUCGGCAUGGAGGCUGGGACGCUGAGAGGAAAAGCCAUCAGAAAGCUCGGCAUCUUUUUCUACUUGCUCACAACAUUAAGCAGAGCGUUCGGACAGAAAGGUGAUGGCUGUGGGCACACAGUUCUUGGCCCAGAGAGUGGAACUUUUGCAUCAAUAAAUUAUCCUCAAACAUACCCCAAUAACACUGUUUGUGAGUGGGAGAUACGGGUCCAGCCCAGCCAGACAAUUAUUUUUAAAUUUGGAGACUUUGACAUUGAAGACUCUACCUCUUGUCACCUGAGUUACCUAAGACUGUAUAAUGGAAUUGGUCCAGGCCGAAGUGAAUUUGGUAAAUAUUGUGGACUUGGAAUUCAGGGAGACAUGGUUAUUGAGUCAGAGAACAAUGAAGCCACUGUUCAGUUCAUGAGUGGGAUUCACGUCUCUGGUCGAGGCUUCCUUGUGUCGUACUCUACAUCAAACAUAUCAGAUUUAAUUACCUGUUUGGAUAAAGGGAGCCACUUUACAGAGCCUGAGUUCAGCAAGUAUUGUCCUGCAGGAUGCUUGACCCCUUUUGGUGACAUUUCAGGAACCAUCCCUCACGGCUAUCGAGAUUCGUCUUUGCUGUGUAUGGCUGCUGUUCAUGCUGGUGUCGUGUCAAACUUUCUGGGUGGCCGGAUCAAUGUUGUCUUGAGUAAAGGCAUUCCAUACUAUGAAAGCACUCUUGCAAAUAAUGUCUCCUCAAAACUUGGACCAUUAUCUGCUAGCCUGUUCACAUUCAAGACCAAUGGUUGCUAUGGAACACUGGGAAUGGAGUCUGGUGUCAUUGGAGACAGCCAAAUCAAUGCAUCCUCUGUACUACAAUGGCAUGACCCUUCGGGACAGUUUCAUGUCUGGGGACCGGAAAAGGCUCGCCUGAAAAAGCCUGGUUCACCCUGGGCUGCGUUUCAUACUGAUGAACCACAGUGGCUACAAAUAGACUUGAAGAAAGAGAAGAAAAUAACCGGUAUAAUUACUACUGGUUCCACCCUGGGUGAAUAUUCUUUUUAUGUCUCUGCUUACAGAAUCCUGUCCCGUCAUGAGGGGCAGGAUUGGAAGGUAUAUAAAGAAGCCAACAGUGACCUGGACAUGAUAUUCCGAGGAAACUCUAACAACUACCAGGAGGUUCGCAACAAUUUUAUCCCGCCCAUUGUCGCCCGUUACAUCCAGAUUAAUCCAGUAGAGUGGCAUCAGAAGGCAGCACUGAAAGUAGAGUUAUUGGGUUGCCAGCUGUACCAACCUUCAUUGGCUCGAGCUCCAUCUCAGUCUCUGCCUCCGCUGCGCAGCACAGGAAACCCUCCAAAGUUUGUCGAAACUACAUUUCCAUCAGUAGUCAAGAAUAAUUCAGUGACGCCUAAGGUAACCAAAGAUGUGGCGUUGGCAGCUGUCCUGGUGCCUGUGUUAGUCAUGGUGCUUACUACCCUUAUAGUGGUCCUUGUAUGUGGCUGGCAUUGGAGGAACAGAAAGAAGCCUGUAACAGGGCCAUACAGUCUGCCCUAUUGGGAUCAAGUGGGCUGGUGGAAGGGAAUGAAGCAGUUUCUACCUGCAAAAAAUGCUGAGCCUGAUGACACCUCAGUGCGCUACAACAGCAGUGAGAUGAGCCGCCUGAGAGCCCGGAAUGCCAGCACAGUGAUCCAGACAGAACCUGCAGAAUAUGCCCAGCCGCUUGUAGCAGGAUCCCUACGACAGGGGUCCUCUUUUAAACCAGAGGAAGAUCCAGAAGCAGGAUACAGUGACCCAGAUGGGAACGGUCACUACGAUGCUCCUGUGUCGGAGAUUUAUCAUGCGUACGCAGAACCCUUGCCAGUUUCGAGCCGUGAGUACGCCACUCCGAUCAUAAUGGAAAUUUCCGGUCACCCGACAGGAACCUUGGUCUCUGCGGCAUCCUGUACCUUUAAAUCAGUGGGGAGCACAGGGCCUUCAGUGAUGGGCAACCCAAGCACAUUGUCACCCAGAACUGAGGGUGCCCCUUCGGGCCAGGCUGGCUAUGAUACACCAAAAGGAACGGUAAUCCCAAUGCCUGCAGAGGAACUUGGAUACCAAGUACCGAAUAGUGUACCGCACACAUCAGCAACAUCAGAUGCUUAAGUGAACUUCUGAAAGGAGACAAAAUACAGACGAUAAUUUUGGUGGGGAGAGGAGAAUGAGUUUAAAAGACCAUUGCUGCAGUGAAAUAACUGAUUGUCCAAAGCAAAUAGGUAGGCAAGUUGGGGCCAUGAUGACUGCUAAGAAACUGUUGCCCAUUACCUGUAAUGGAUCAAAUAUGGAUUCUUCUUGAAUGUUGCCGUUGAACUGCAUGUGCCUGGAAUGUAGAGGUUGAUUCAUACUGGUUUAAUGUUUAAUGUCAUCUGGUACUAAAGGGUUAAAUAAUGCUCCACAAUACAGACAAAAAUGUUGAUACUGGUCAGUUCAUUGGGUUUAGUUCAACUCAUUUUAGGCUGUUGACUGCCAGAACCUACUCUGCUGCAAUCUGCAGAAAGGAAACAUCUCUCUCGAUUGCUUACAAACGGGGGCAGGUGUUCAACUGGAGAGGCAGAAGCCAACACUUAACCAUUUUAACAGAGCUCGAUACUGCUGCUCCUCUUAGCCAUGCUGAGGACUGGUUUAGGUAGCUUUUGAUGCAAGCCCUGAAAUUCUUCAAGGAUUCUGCCAGUCUCCUGCUGUGACUCAUAGAGUAAUGAUCCAAACUGCUGGCAAUGGCAAUUUACUGAGAACAAAAAAUGCUGGAAAUCACAGCAGGCCAGGCAGCAUCCAUGG